GCCGGACCUAAAGAGCCCAGCUACUUUUGCUGUUAUGAUAAAUUAAGGGACACAUAUACUGGUUCAUCAUAUAGUAAUAUAUGGAUUGAAAAUACCGAGACAGCUGAUACCCUAAAAGAAACUAUGCAAGAACAGUACGAAUAUAUUAAAAAUAAAUCAUACAAGACAGUUAUAUCAGGUGAAAUAUAUUACGAGCACACGCAACAGUAUGGCGAUUUGACAAUUGGCAAGUUACCUGUGUCCGAGUUUUUGGGCGCAAAAAAAUCAAUCAACCAAAUGAAUGAUGGUAAAAUUGCUACAUUUGAUAAUAGUUGCGAAGUGGUUAGUAAACGUGAGGCUGCCGUUCAUUUGCUUCAAAAGAAAAUUGAUAGAACUUCGGACAACAACGAGAAAUUAGGAUAUGUAAAUGAGUUAUCGCGUUUGUUAAGCGGUAGACAAUCUGUUGACAAACAUAUGUCUGAUUACAAUCCAUACGUUUUGGGAAAAUUGCAAACAUUUGUGAAUAUUUGUGAAACAAUGCGUGAAUCGAGUGAUGCGGACAUCGCUGUCAACCAAUUGAUACAACACUGCAGUCAAUACACUAGCAAUCAAUUCGGAUAUGUUUUAUAAAUAUAAUAUUUUAUGUAAUUAUUUGAAAAUUAUAA